UGACUGCAGCGCUGCUACCUCAGUUAACAGAUACGCAGGAGGGAAGUGGGGUAUCAAGGCUGCAAUAACACAUAUCACCCAUAAUAAAAGUUAGUGAUGCACGUGUUUUAGGUUAAGCUGUUACAGGGAGGCAGCUGACAUGGCUACUGCUGCUGUUUUAUUCCUCGUUGCAGUGUGUCUUUUCUGCUCUGCUGUCUGUGGAAAUUUGGGCUCUACAAAAAGGACUUUCUCCAUAGACUAUAAAAACAACUGCUUCCUGAAAGAUGGGAAACCUUUUCAGUACAUCUCAGGUAGUAUCCACUACUCCAGAAUUCCACGCUACUACUGGAAGGACCGUCUUGUGAAGAUGUACAUGACUGGACUCAAUACUAUCCAGGUAUAUGUGCCAUGGAACUUCCAUGAAUCAGUUCAGGGAGUCCACAACUUCACGGAAGACAGAGAUCUGGAGCACUUUUUGGAUUUGGCCAACCAGACAGGCCUUCUGGUCAUCCUGCGUCCAGGACCGUACAUCUGUGCAGAAUGGGAAAUGGGUGGAUUACCAGCAUGGCUACUUCAAAAACCAAACAUCAUACUUCGCUCAGCAGAUACAGAUUACGUGCAGGCAGUCAGCAACUGGCUUGCUGUUCUCCUCCCUAAAAUGAAACCUUGGCUCUACAUCAAUGGGGGUAACAUCAUCACCAUCCAGGUUGAGAAUGAAUAUGGCAGCUACUACGCUUGUGACUACAACUACAUGCGGCACUUGCGAACACUGUUUCGCUUCUUUCUGGGUGAAGAUGUCGUCCUCUUCACUACUGAUGGAAAUACAGACAAGGAACUGGCAUGUGGGACCCUUGAAGGAUUAUAUGCAACAGUAGACUUUGGUACAGACACCAAUGUAACAGCAGCCUUCAACAGACAGAGAAGAUUUGAACCUCGGGGACCUCUGGUAAACUCUGAGUUCUACACAGGCUGGUUGGACCACUGGGGAGAUCGGCACGCUGUGGUUAACACGCAGAAGGUCAGCAGAGUGCUUGAAGAAAUUCUAACCAUGGGGGCCAACGUCAACAUGUACAUGUUUGAAGGAGGAACUAACUUUGGCUACUGGAAUGGUGCUGAUCAUGACUCAAGGUUCCGCUCAGUAGUCACAAGUUAUGAUUAUGACGCCCCGCUGACUGAAGCUGGAGACCCCACAGAGAAGCUGUUGGCCAUCAGAGAUGUCAUAAAGCAGUUUAGAGAGGUUCCCUCUGGCCCCAUGCCACCAGCAACUCCCAAGUUUGCCUAUGGCUUUGUUACUCUGGAAAAGGUUGGAAAUGUGAGCAAAGUGUUGGACACAAUUUCUCCACUGGGUCCAGUCAAAUCUGAGUAUCCUCUGACAUUUGAAGAGCUGAAACAGUACUAUGGAUACAUGCUGUAUCGUACCACACUGCCCCAGGACCUCUCAGAGCCCACGCCACUUAUCUCUCCACUGAAUGGGGUUCAUGACCGUGCAUAUGUGUCAGUCAAUGGGGUCUUUCAGGGUUUGCUGGAGAGAGACACUGCACUGGUAAUGAAUGUCACAGGAAAGCAGGGGGACACAAUGGACAUCCUUAUUGAAAACAUGGGCAGAGUUAACUUUGGCAGCAAGAUCAAUGACUACAAGGGCCUGUUGAGCAACUUGAUCUUGGGUAAAGACGUACUGACUAACUGGAAUAUAUACCCUUUGGAUAUUGAUGGAGCCAUUGCUAGAGGGUGGCCUCAUUCAGGCAAUAGGAGGUCUGUCCCAGCGUCUAGGAGAGAACGUUUGGCUGGACCAGCCUUCUACAUGGGGACUUUACAAUCAAACGGCAUCGCAUGGGACACCUUCCUCAAACUCAAUGAAUGGACAAAGGGUCAAGUUUGGAUUAAUGGUGUGAACUUGGGACGAUACUGGCCAGCCAGGGGUCCCCAGCAAACUCUGUAUAUCCCUGGACCCUUGCUUAGCACCACCCGUCCCAACAACAUCACAGUGCUGGAGCUGGAGGGCGCCCCGGCACACCUGCGGGUUCUUUUCAUGGACCGGCCUCAGCUCAAUGCCACAGCUGGAAAGUCUUGACAGGGUUCACCAGUAACUGUCUUAAGCGGAUGUAAGAAUUCAUUUGGUUUAAAGCAAAGCAGCUGUAAACCUAUGAGCAACUGACCCAACAUUAAGAAACACUCAGAGGAACAAUGUUUGGUUUUACAUGAUUUCUGUGCUACUGUCAUCCUUAAUCACUUCACAUGUCAGUGUUUGAUAUGUUUCAGAACUUCCUAUCACAUCCAAUGUCAGCUCCUAUAAACACAACAGUUAAUAAAUGAUGAUUUUGUUAAAUUAGUUUUAUUCAUUAAGCCUGUGGUAAUAAAUUGACAUUUUUUAAAUAGCAUUUUUACUACUGUCAAUAAAUUAUACAUUUAUUUCAAUAAAUCAA